AUGAUAUCCUGUAAAUCCGGCAGUGUAUAAAAGCAGUUUCCAUGAUUUUCAUAGAUGCAACGAUUAAACAGGGACAUCCAAAAUGGGGAAAAUCACUUUCUUUGAAGAGAAGAACUUCCAGGGCCGUCACUAUGAAUGUGACAGCGAUUGUGCAGAUUUUCACACCUCCAUAGCCCAUUGUAACUCAAUCAAAAUUGAGGAUGGGGCCUGGGCAGUGUACGAGAAACCAAACUUCACAGGGUACUUGUACGUUCUUACCAAGAAGGAGUAUCCCGACUAUAAGACCUGGAUGGGUUUUAAUGAUCGUAUUGCUUCAUGCCACAAGAUCCAACUAACAGGCACAGGCAAUUACAAGAUCAGAAUCUGCAAUAAGGGUGAUUAUGAAACACAAACUAUAGAAUAUACAGACGACUGUCCAUCUGUCUUUGAACAAUUCCACAUUCAAGAUAUUGAUUCCUGCAGUGUCUUGGAGGGUGCAUGGGUUUUCUACGAACUUCCAAAUUAUCGUGGAAGGCAAUACCUCCUUGAGAAGGGUGCAUAUCAGAAAGCUGCAGACUGGGGAGCAAGCACCUCAACAGUGCAGUCUUUCCAUCGAAUCAUUGUGUAA